UGACUAAUUUGGCUACCUGCCUCCUCCAGCCCUGUCACAGGACAACUGCAGACCCAGGAAGAGCUUGCAAAAGCCAUCACAGCCAUGCAGCAGUUUGGAGGCCUGGAAGCAACAGGGAUACUAGAUGAAGCUACACUGGAAUUAAUGAAGACACCUCGUUGCUCUCUACCUGAUCUUGCUGAGUCAGAGACCAGGAAGAAGCGGCACACUCAGGCCGUGACAAAGUGGAAUAAAAGGAAUUUAUCUUGGAGAGUCCGCACCUUCCCCAAAGAAUCCCACCUGAGCCAUGACACGGUCCGCGCCCUCAUGUACUAUGCCCUGAAGAUCUGGAGUGACAUUACCCCAUUGAAUUUCCACGAGGUGGCGGGUAACAAUGCUGACAUACAGAUAGACUUCUCCAAAGCGGACCACAAUGAUGGGUAUCCCUUUGAUGGGCCUGGCGGAACGGUAGCACAUGCUUUCUUCCCUGGAGACCAUCAUACCGCAGGAGACACUCAUUUCGAUGAUGAUGAAUAUUGGACCUUCCGAUCAUCAGAUGCCCAUGGGAUGGACCUGUUUGCCGUGGCAGUCCAUGAGUUUGGCCACGCUAUCGGCUUGACUCACAUCUCUGCAUUAGAGUCUAUCAUGAGACCCUAUUACCAGGGACCGGUGGGGGAUCCCCUGAAGUAUGACCUGCCUUACGAAGACAAAGUCAGAAUCUGGCAACUGUAUGGAGUCAGGGAUUCUGUGUCCCCAACAGCCAAGCCUGAAGUAACCAAAACUGACGACCACCCUGUUCUGCCAGAGCUGCCAGAGAACCGCUCCACUGUGCAGCUCAGAAGAGAUAUGCCCAACAGGUGCAACACUCACUUUGACGCUGUGGCUCAGAUCAGAGGCGAGGCUUUCUUCUUCAAAGGCAAGUACUUCUGGAGACUGACUCGCAAUAAACACUUGGUCUCCCUCCAGCCAGCUCAGAUCCACCGUUUCUGGAGGGGUCUCCCCCUCAACAUGAACAGUGUGGACGCGGUGUACGAGAGAACCAAUGACCACAAGAUCGUGUUCUUCAAAGGAGACAGAUACUGGGUGUUCAAAGACAAUAACGUGGAGGAAGGAUACCCUCGGCCAAUUUCGGAUUUUGGCUUGCCACCGGGAGGCAUCGACGCUGCUUUUUCCUGGGCCCACAAUGACAAGACUUAUUUCUUUAAGGACAGUCUCUACUGGCGCUAUGACGACCAUGAGCGGAGGAUGGAUCCCGGCUAUCCUUCCGAGACCACUUUGUGGAAGGGCAUUCCAAGCACGUUAGAUGAUGCAAUGAGAUGGUCAGAUGGUGCAACCUAUUUCUUCAGGGGCAAGGAGUACUGGAAAGUGUUGGACAAUGACUUGGAAGCAGAACCUGGUUACCCUCAGUCCAUCGCCAGAGACUGGCUGGUGUGCGGUGAUAUGCAGUCUGAUUCUCCAGACUCGUCAGGGAGCAGCAGGACUGGGGCGCGCUCCAAUCAAGGGCAGCGCGAUGAGAGCCGUUCGGAAAACGGCUAUGAGGUCUGCUCAUGCACCUCCUCCUCCUCAGAUUCCCUCUCGGCCCGCCUGGCGCUCAGACUCUUAGCAAGCCUUGUGCUAGCAAGCGUGUGGACAGCAGCAGUGGCUUGUGCAGCACUAUGACAUCCAGUAACAUGGACGAGAAGACGUUGCGGUGCUUCAGGGACUGGUAGUGGAUAGAAUCACACCAUGCUACACUGUUACAGCUGAAACAAACAUGCCUAGGAACAUGGCAGCGAAGGUUUCAAGUUCUCCAUGAGAAGUGAACUGGGUUUAUUUUUAUUUUUUAGUUAAAGAUCUGAUAAUGGACUGUGGGUUCUGCACCUUCUUAUUCCCCCAGCCAGCUAAAGAAUAAAGACGUUGCUGAAUAUUAGUUACAAAGGUUCCAUAGAGAUGUAACACUCAGGGUGUGUAAGAACUGCCAAGUGGAGAAGGCCUGGAUACAUUGAAAGGCAACUCUGGUUUCAUGAAAACAGACCAAAUAGUGGUGAAACCCCAUUGUUAUUCCAGGAAUAAAAGCAGCCCUGGUGUAAGGCUGUGGGAGAGAUACAACAGCUGUGCUGACAUUCAGUAAUGUAACAUGCAUCUUGAAUGGAUAUAUGAGAUAACAUGGCAUCCUGACUGCACUGGGCUUGACUGCAAAGUGGUACAUUUCACAAACAAAUCUACGCUGCCAGCUGAUGUCAAGCUAACUCAUGCCAGUUUCUAUCGAUCCGAAACAUAUUUGCCUUUAUAAAGGACGUGAAGGUCACCUUUGAUUCCAGAUGUUUAAAUGUAAGGGCUUCUCUGUUAAAUCUUGGCCAUACAAACAUAGAUACCAUGGUCAGCCGCCGGUAUCGAUCUCCCCCUAUCUUGACUGCUCGAGCUAGAGUAGCUUUUUCAGCUCUGAGCAAGUAGCAGGCUGUUAUAAGCACUGGGUGCAGUCAUUCGGCUGAGAUAGUUACACACACAAAGCCCGUGUAAUCCACAUGCAUCUAACUUUUCUGCUCCCGUAAAUUCUAUUCUAGAUGUAUUUCAUGACUGAUCACUGUAUACAAAAAUCACAUUCGUUUAAGGCUUCCUUUGAAGGAUCUGUGAGGGACUAAACUUUGAAUUGUGGAUGCACGCGCUAGUUUUAAAUGUAUUUUCAAAUAGCAGGUUCUGCUUUUUGGAUGGCUUCUUAUAUCAGCCAGACACCAUUAUGAUACCAUCGGUUGUGAAUCAGUUAUUCUAUAUGCCAGUGUCACAGUUUAAUUUGGCACCAUGAAAUACAGUGAGGGAGAAGGAAGGGGAUUAAUUGUUUUAAAGUGGGGAUCUUGCUCUGUAAAAAUGACAUGACAAAAUUCCAUGUUUGUCUCUCUUUCACUUACAGAUCCAGUUUGCUGGGUUCACAGGUAAAAAGAUGGUUUUCUAACUGUCCCCAAACUCUACAUGGGACCAGAGAGUAAAGCUAGGUUCUUUCUGGCUCCUGGACCAACACUUGUCCCCCCGGCUCAGAGGAAGUGUAUUAUAGAUGUACAUAUGUGGGGCUCCUAUGGUUGGUUGAAAUGGUUUAAAUUUCACACGUUCCAUCAAAAAUGUUAUUGGAAUUUUGAGCCAAAAAAGAGUGAAAGAUGUUCAGUGAAAUCUUCACAAAACUUCUCUCCCCUCCUUCCCACCCCUCACAUACGUUAGACAAACUUUAGAGCUAGCUGAAAUUUCUAAUAUAUGGAUGCUUGAUUAAGUUUAUAAGAACUUGAAGACUGGAUGAAAUUUCAGAAUUCAAAAAUAAUGAUGAAAAACUUUUUCACCAUUUUUUCUUCAGUUUCUUUUACCUGUUCUAGUUGCACCUUACCCCCAUGUUGAGAUCAUGGUUCUCCUUUGAGUGAGUAUGUACUGUGUACAUUGCAGUGAUAGUGUGUGCAUCCAGUGUACUUGAGUUGGGAGGCACAUGUGCUUGUGUACAUGCACGCAUGCCAUCAAUAGAAUGUAUAUGUACACAACACGUCUUGAAGGACAACAGUUACUGUACAGGUAAAUAACCCCUUCUUCCUGGUAGUGAUAUGUGAGUGAGAAGGAGCCAGCUUGACUCUCAGAUCCAAGGAGAACUUGAAGGGCCACUAGAUUUUAAAAAAUCCUUUAAACUGUAAACUGAGCAACUUUGGUGUUGAAUUACACUGCUUGGAAACCCCCUCCCCCCCAAAAAAAAUUGUGAUCAACUAUUUCACUGGGGGAAAGUGGGGGUUGGGACCCAAAACAAUGUGUUAAAAACUAGAAAUUUUCCACUGGCCCUAAGUCUGGAGCCAGUGAAAGACAGUCACCAUGGAACCCCGCAAUGUCAAUUUUCAGAGUAAAACACUUUUAAGGGAGCCAUUUUCAAAAGGGCCAAGCCCUGGCCUACCUCUGUUCCCACUGAGAUCAACAUUGAAAAUUGCUCUUGAAAAUCCACCUAAGAGCCUCUUCCAUGAUAUUUCCUGGAAGAGACUCUUCAUUGAAAAAAACCAAAAAAGCAAAAAGUAGCACUAGUUUCCUCUAACUUCCAGAUGAAUUUAAAUGAUGAAACAUCUCUUCCAAAGUCUUUUGGUCACUGGCCUUUCUCUCUCCCCCUUCCCAUGUGGAUCACGCUAACAAGUAAUUCUUCUCUUCAUACUAGCCACUAUGGUUCACUAGGCACUGAAUGGGCUGGUGUCUUUUGGUAGCCUAAUGGGAAUCUAAUUGGUGACUCUCACACACUUGGUGCCAUUUUGGGGCAAGUGAGUGUGGUGUUAAAUGGGUUAUAUUAACUCUUUCAGGGCUUCAGGGAAUGGUGUGGCUUGCGGGGAGCAAAGUCCACACAGCUACACCAGAUUGUUUAGUUCUUGGUGGUUUUACUGUGUUAAGUCCCUCAGCAAAGGUUCUUCAGCAGAGUAGGCAGACACAGGAUAAGAGGGAAGGUCCUCUCACGGAUCGGUAACUGAUUCAAAGAUAAGAAACAAAGGGUAGGACUAAAUGGUCGGUUUUCACAGAGGAGAGGGGUAAAUAGCAGGUUCCCCAAGAGUCUGUACUGGGACCUGUUGCUGUUCAACAUAUUCAUAAAUGAUCUGGAGAAAGGGGUGAACAAUGAGGCAGCAAAGUUUGCAGACGAUACAAAGUUACUCAAGGUAGUUCAGUCCAAACCUGACUAUGAAGAGCUACAAAGGGAUCUCAUGAAACUGGGUGACUGGGCAACCAACUGGCAGGUGAAAUUCAAUAUUGAUAAGUGCAAAGUAAUAAACAAUGGAAAACAUAUUCUCAACUAUCCAUACAAAAUGAUAGGGAUCUAAAUUAACUGUUACCAUUCAAGACAGAGAUCUUGGAGUCAUUGUGGAUAGUUCUUUGAAAACAUCCACUUGAUGUUCAGUCAAAAAGCUUGGAAAAGGGAUAGAUAAUAAAACAGAAACUAUCAUAAUGCUGUUAUAUAAAUCCAUGGUACACCCACACCUUG